CUCAGCCUCUCCUUCCCUUUCCUUCUGCUCCGACACCUCGCCGCGCCUCGUGCAGACAUGUAUCUCCUGGGCAUCACUGUGGUUCUGGGGCUGCUGGGGGGGAUGCGUGCUCAGGUCAACGUGGUCAACGUGCUGAGGCCAGCGUGCGACUCCCUCGAGGCUGAGGAGGCCGCCCUGGUGGCUCGGGAUCACCUCAAUGCCCAGCACAACCACGGCUACAAGUACGCUCUGAACAGGAUCGAAGACAUCAAGGUCCACCCUAUGCCUGAUGGAAACAGCACCUACGUCCUGGAGGUGGACUUGCUGGAGACAUACUGCCACGUGCUGGACCCCACGCCUGUGGACAACUGCACCGUCAGGCCCAAACAUCUGACGGCCAURGAAGGCGAUUGUGACGUGGUGCUGAGGAAGGUUGGCGACACUCUGACUGUCACAGCGUUCAAAUGUAAAACAGAAGAAUCCAGAGAGGACAUCUGUUUGGGCUGUUACACCCUGCUUCCCUUCAAUCACACUGAAGGGCUGGACUUUGUUCAGGCCUCUCUGGCCAAACUGAACAACAUGACUGAGAACGUGACGUACGUCCUCGCCGAGGUCGGGAGGAUUUCCUCACAGGUGGUGUCUGGUGGAGCAAAGUACAACACAGAAUUUAUUGUCAUCGAGGCCAGCUGUGUUAAUGAAACCUGCAUGGCUCUGACUGACGCCACGGCUGCACAUGGAAUUUGUACUGCUGAAGGUGUGAACGAUCCUGCAGUGAACUGCAAGAUGUUUUCCACUCUGACACCCCUUAUAGAUGCCAACAGCACUGCAGCUGUAAAGCCAGCCCUGCUGCCACAAGUUCACGCUGGUUUGUCUCCACAACACGGACUGAAGCACCACAAACUGACCACCCUCCACGACCCUCACACAAGUGGCUACUUGUCUGCGGAAUCGGCAGAAUCAGCUGAAGUGGUGCCCGUAGCUCCUGCUCUGACGGUCACCUCUGCACCUGCCGACCCCCAGCUGACCACAGACGGCUCCUCUUCAGAUGCAUCAGCCAGCGCAGAGGUCCUAAUGAAGGUGAAGAGAAGCGCCCCCGCUGUCCUCACGCACCCCAUUCAGGCAUGUCCAGGAAAAGUCAGAUUCUUCUAAAGGGUUCAGAAGUUCCUCCCAAAGACUCAGUCGUUUCCUUUCAACUACACCGGUACUAGUAGAGUAAUUGAUGCAAGCAUGUGCUGUGGUGGGUAGAUACUGCAAAUACACGUAGGGUAGAAACCAUCUAAUGCUUGAUGUCACCAGUGUUCAAGAAUGGAAAAGAAAUUCUGAAAUUAAAAGAUUUGCAUGUAACAGUUGAAUAAAUCUGGAAUAAAACAUUGUUUCUACUCAU